CGCGCCCGCCGCCGGCCACACGUGACCGCGGCGCACGUGACAGCGGCACACGUGACCGCCCGGCGCCACGUGACGCGGGCCGGCAGCGCGGAGGAGCGGGAAGGGAGCGGUGCAGCCAUGGUGUCCAAAAAGCAGCUGGCAGACUUUGGCUACAAGGCGUUCUCGGGCUCCAUGAUGCUGCUGACGGUGUACGCCGGGUACCUGUGCAGUGUCCGCGUCCAGAGGAUGCUCCAGCACCGCCGUGAGCGGGAGAACGCGCCUGGCCCCGAGAGCUGAGCCUGCACUGGGAGCUGGGACCGGCCCCGGGAGCUGGGACCUGCACUGGGAGCUGGGAUGGGACCCCAGGAGCUGGGACCGGCCCCAGGAACUGGGACUGGCCCCAGGAGCUGGGACUGGCCCCAGGAGCUGGGAUGGGACCCCAGGAGCUGGGACCGGCCCCAGGAGCUGGGACUGCUCCCAGGAGCUGGGAGGGACCCCGGGAGCUGGGACUGGCCCCAGGAGCUGGGACCGAGCUCACGCUGGACCAGCCCCACCUUCCCGGUCCCCCCUGGGCUGGGGGAGGCAGAUGGAGUGCAAUAAAGCCCGUGUGAAAGUGA